UUUUUUUUUCUUGCUGCCUCUCCUUUUUCUCCUUUUCAUCGUUAUACUAUCCUUUGCUCUCCUUCUCUCAUCAGACUUUUUUUUUCCAAACCAACCCAGAUUCUCCCAUGGCAAUAAAGUCAAAGACAGCUCAAGCGUCCGUCCCUCAAGUCACAAGGAUCGUAUUUACGGCCUUGCUGCUUGACAUUCUCGCCUUCACUAUCAUCCUGCCGCUCUUUCCGAGAUUACUUCAGUUUUAUCGCAAUAGUGAACAUGGCAAUCAGACAUCGUUGCUUGCAUGGUCGUUGUCACGUCUCACGGAUUUCCAGAAUAUGGUCGGAUUGAACGAUAGCCAAGGAUCAACCGUCAAGCGGCCACCUCGUAUGGAUAUUGUCCUUCUCGGAGGCGCUUUGGGCUCAUUAUUUUCCGUUUUGCAAUUUAUUGCGUCACCUAUCAUAGGAAAGCUCUCGGACGUCCUUGGAAGACGACGUGUGUUGUUGAUCACCAUGCUUGGCAACAUGGUUUCAUGUGGAGUCUGGCUCUUCUCACGCUCAUUUGAGCUUUUUGUGCUCUCCAGAGUGAUCGGUGGCCUUAGUGAGGGUAAUGUUCAGCUAUCUAUCGCCAUGAUUUCUGACAUCACCACGCCCGCAACACGCUCAAAAGGACUUGCUAUGGUAGGAAUUGCAUUUGCGAUCGCAUUCACGAUUGGACCAGCAUUAGGCGCCUACUUUGCCAAUAAGGAUCUCGUUUCUGUUUUUCCUGGAUUGGCUCAAUACGGUCUUCAUCCAUUCUCGGGAUCAGCCCUAUUGGCAAUGGUGCUGUUGACUGUGGAGAGUUUGUACUUGUACGCCAAGCUCCCAGAGACAAAUUCUGAAAGUUGGAGAUUGGCAGUGCAUCAGACCAUUGAGGAAGAGAAAAAGAAGGCCAGUGCAGAAAGGAAUGGCAGAUCAGUGUCGUCAGCUACUGCCACUCUCAGUAAUGGAUCGGCAAGUUUAUCCGCGCCCAUCACCAUGGAUACUAAGGCCAUUGUUCAGCUGCAGCAUAAAUAUCUUGCUCGACUCUCGUUUACACACUUUGCACAUCUGUUUCUCUUCUCGGGGAUGGAGUUCACAUUAACGUUCCUGACGUUUCACCUAUUUGACUUUAGCCACAUGCAACAAGGUGCUUUGUUGGGUUAUAUCGGGAUUUUAUCGUCCUUGAUCCAGGGCGGCUAUGUUCGUCGAAAAGCUAAUAAAGUUGGUGAGAAGCGGAUGGUCUUACAAGGAAUGGCUGCUGCCGCACUUGGAUUAGGAUGCAUUGCACUUGUUUCCAGUGGGGGCUCUGUCGAACCAACGGCACUGGAGGAGAAGCUUGAUCUGUCAGUGUUCCGAGAUAUUGUUCUCUGGCUGAAUGCCCAAGAAUGGUCAAGGAAAACAAGGAUGUGGGGGCUUUACGUAGGAGCUACUGGGCUUGCCAUUACUAGCGCGACUGUUGUUAAUUGUUUGACCAGUUUGGCAAGCCUUGUAUGCGACAUGGGAUCGGAUGAGUGUGUUCCGGAACAAGCCACGAAGGGUGACAAUAAAGCUGAUCUUCAGCCGAUUGGCAAAGGUCUUGCUUUAGGAAGGUUCCGCUCGUGGGGUCAGCUUGGACGUGCUGCAGGGCCAAUUGCUGCUUGCAGUUUGUAUUGGCGUGCGGGACCAUUGGUUUGUUACGGAGCAGCAUCUGUUAUCGUUGCGGUGAUCACUAUUUUGGCAUCUAGAAUCUUACCUGAAGUGCGUAAACUUCCUAUCCGCACCAGAGUCGCUGUGGUAUCUUCAAGCAACAGCCUCAAAAAAACUCAAUGAAUGCAAAUGGGAGAAAGAGUAAAGGGAUUUGCCCAUAGACUUACUUUAAUAUUUAUUGUAUGAACAUUUGUAUAUAAAAAAUAAAUAA